AUGGUGUAUAAAUCGGGAAAGAAAAUAUAUAUUCCAAUCGAUCCUAAGCCUCUUUACGAGGGAAUGCGAAUCAACAGUCCGCACUUUCUUUGUCAAAUGGUUGUAAAUGAGCCAGGAAUCCAAAAGUAUACGCUAGUAGUAGCACAGUAUGAGAAAAUGAAAACUAUUUAUUACACUCUGCGAGUCUUUUCAUCAUGUCAAUUCAACCUCAGUCCGAUCAAGAACCCGUAUAAUGUUAAGAAAACGGAAACAGGCAAGUGGGAGGGGCGUACUGCUGGUGGCUGUGGUAAUGGAGCUAGUAGAGAGACAUGGAAGAAUAAUCCAGUGUAUCAAAUUAGUCUUGAGGAAAGCAGUGACGAGAACCAGAUACUCAUCGAUUUGAAGGGUCCCAAACAAUACAGCGUAGGCUUUGAAGUGCAACAAGUUUCAUCGCCAAGGAAUAAACCGCUCCAAAAAAAGAACACAGAUGUCUUCAGGCCUGGUUAUACUGUACUCGCACUUGAUAAAGUCCCAGCAGGGAGUUUAUACUAUUCCCCAAUGACAUUCGAGAAUGGACUCGUUACUCUUCUGAAUCCACUCAAGCUUUACGAAUCUGUUUACCACGCGAUGGGAUUGGAACUUUAUCAACAGCGUCAGGGUAUACAUCUGGAGCCGCCACCAUCACAAAUUGUUGGCAACUCUUUCGGCGUGUAUGACCUCAAGAGAAACAAUUCGGACUCAUCUUUCACCGUAUCUGCUUCUUACGGAACUGGAUUCAGCCCUAUCUCGAGUGAAGAGGGGGGUACAUUAAGUCUGUCGUCCUUCAUAGGAGGAACAGACCAGCAGUGUGGAGUUUUGGUUUCUAUUCUCAAGAAUGAAGGAGCAGCUCUACGAAUAACUUACACUCAUCAAUUGCCAUGGUUCAUGCUUAUAUACUAUCACACACUUGCUGUCACUUGUACGGAUCUGAAGUACGGAAAUGAACAGGUGCCUACUAUUCAUCAGCGUCACUUUGUUCCUUCUAUAUCCCGCAAAAGACCGGCGUUGAUUGAAAUGGAUCUGGACCUCCCCAGCAGAUCAAAGUGCCAAAUUCAAAUAGAGUUUGAAAAGGCCUUCCUGAGGAUUCGCGAAUAUCCUCCUGACGCCAAUCACGGCAUGUAUGUUCCGGCUGCUGUUGUCACCUUCGAGAAAGGCACUAGUGAUGAGGCUUUGGAAGAGCCAGAAUUCACUGCGAAGUUGAGUUGCUUUAACUUCCAAGUCAAAUACAUUGAUUCCUGUCAACUCGGCACUACCGAGUUCAUCUAUGACGAG